CGCCUGAGGCCGUUCUGCUCCUCUGCGCCGCUCAACACCGCCGAGCUCUGAAUGUCCGCGAACAGCGGCGCUUUCCGCGCUUAAACCCGGAGAUACUCGCGAUUCCUGCGCGAGAAGGAACGUUUGUGGGGUUUAAAGGAGGCGACCGGCUGGAGCUGCGGGGUCUGGAUUUAAGACGUUGAAGAAUUCUGUUCUGCUCCCAUGGAUAACGAGGGUGUGAGCAAAUGAUCCACGCUUGAUCUCAUGGCUUCCCUCUUGCCCUGACGUCUUGGUUUAACCAGGAUCCAAAAUGAGCAUAAGCAGCGAUGAAGUCAACUUCCUGGUGUACAGAUACCUGCAGGAGUCGGGCUUCUCCCACUCAGCCUUCACGUUUGGCAUAGAGAGCCACAUCAGCCAGUCGAACAUCAACGGAGCGCUGGUGCCCCCCGCUGCCCUCAUCUCCAUCAUCCAGAAAGGCCUGCAGUAUGUGGAGGCUGAGGUUAGCAUCAAUGAGGACGGCACGCUGUUCGACGGGCGGCCGAUCGAGUCUCUGUCUCUGAUUGACGCGGUGAUGCCGGACGUGGUGCAGACGCGGCAGCAAGUGUACCGGGACAAACUGGCCCAGCAGCAGGCUGCUUCAGCCUCCAGCACCUCCGGCACUGCUGGGGCCAAAAACGGCGAGAAUGCUGCAAACGGAGAGGAGAACGGAGCACACAACUUACCCAAUCAUCACUCUGACAUGAUGGAGGUGGACCGGACAGUGGAGAUCCCGGCCAGUAAAGCCAUGGUGCUGCGAGGUCACGAGUCUGAGGUGUUCAUCUGUGCCUGGAACCCUGUCAGCGACCUUCUCGCCUCUGGGUCCGGGGACUCGACGGCGCGGAUCUGGAACCUGAGUGAGAGCAGCUCAGGCGGAUCCACACAGCUGGUGCUACGCCACUGCAUCCGAGAGGGAGGCCAGGACGUGCCCAGCAACAAAGACGUCACCUCACUGGACUGGAAUAGUGAAGGUACACUUCUAGCCACGGGCUCCUAUGAUGGCUUUGCCAGAAUAUGGACUAAAGAUGGAAACCUUGCCAGUACAUUGGGGCAACACAAGGGUCCCAUAUUUGCUCUAAAGUGGAACAAGAAAGGCAACUUUAUCCUUAGUGCUGGUGUUGAUAAGACCACAAUCAUUUGGGAUGCACACACAGGAGAAGCCAAACAGCAGUUUCCAUUCCAUUCAGCUCCCGCUCUGGACGUGGACUGGCAGAGCAAUAACACGUUCGCCUCCUGCAGCACAGACAUGUGCAUCCACGUUUGCAAGCUGGGCCAGGACAGACCAGUCAAGACAUUCCAGGGCCACACGAAUGAAGUGAACGCAAUCAAGUGGGAUCCAACCGGCAGCCUUCUGGCCUCCUGCUCUGACGACAUGACGCUAAAGCUUUGGAGUAUGAAGCAGGACACGUGUGUUCACGACUUACAAGCCCAUAGUAAAGAGAUUUACACCAUUAAAUGGAGCCCCACUGGACCUGGAACCAACAAUCCCAACGCCAAUCUUAUGCUGGCCAGUGCGUCGUUUGACUCGACGGUGCGACUUUGGGAUGCUGAACGUGGCGCCUGCAUCCAUACGCUCACCCGGCACCAGGAGCCCGUUUACAGCGUGGCCUUCAGCCCCGACGGACGGCAUCUGGCCAGUGGCUCCUUCGAUAAAUGUGUCCACAUCUGGAACACACAGACCGGUGCUCUAGUGAACAGCUAUCGGGGGACGGGGGGCAUUUUCGAAGUGUGCUGGAACUCCACCGGAGACAAAGUGGGAGCAAGUGCGUCGGACGGAUCGGUUUGUGUAUUAGACCUGCGGAAAUGAUGCUGCCAACCGGGGAAGCCAUGGACCGACUAUGAAUGUGUACAUAGCCAAAUUCACUGACUGUCCCUGGCCCUGGGUCUGCUGAUCUGAGCUCUGGACCCCAGAGAGCCCUCUCAGAGAGGACACACUGUUCCACGCGUUCACACACACACAGGUGUGAUAAAGGACUGUUAUUUUCCCACACAGGACACAUGACCAAUAAAUCACCAGUGUACAUCUGUUAUUUUAUUAUUUUUUUUUUUUUAAGAAAGAAAAAUUCCCUUUAUCUUCAUUCCAAAACGAAGAGGCAGCCGAUAUCAUCGCUGACGUGUGUAGUGCACGUUCAGCACUAAGUAGACUGUCGUUUUAUUUUAGCAGCUGAUGAGAUUCUGUUGGUCGUCAGUCACUGAGAGCGGUUUUUGGUGACAGAGCAGUCAAGAAAGGCUGCAUAUCUAACAGUUUCCCUCUUUUAUUUCUUUCUUUUGAGACAAUUUAAUUUUUUUUAGCUUUAGAUGUCCGAGUGAGGCCAUUAGAUGACCUGUAUACUCAUACGGUGAAGCGAAAGGUUCAUCUUUUUAAAUACGACCUAUGCAACAUUUAUGGCUAGACAAAAUCGAACGAAUGAACUGAAAUUAAUUCUAGGUUUACUGCCCAUCCUAACUUUUUUCCCGCAGACGUUUGCUCCGAAAUGAUCGGCCAGUACUCCCCAGGAGAAUACCAUGGGCAUUUCUCUAGUAGUUCCACUUGAAAGGUAGAGUAUCGGUUAUUAGGAUAAUGUAUCGAGGCCAAAAAUCGUUGCAGCUGUUCGGCAGCAUUAACAACAAUCGCGCCUCAGCUUCGUUUGGUAUUAGAGUCCAGUAGUGCUCAGGUUACUUCUGCAGCGCUGAACGUGAACGUUCGCCAUGUCUGUGGUGUAUUGCAGAGUGUAAACUCCUUUAUCUGGUCGACUUCACCCCUUUAAAGUGACAGUUUUCUCCCUUACUUCAAAUUUAGUCCACCAGUCAGGACAGUUUUGGUGUCUGAAGUAUCUGAAGCUUCUUUAGUGUUGCGUUGGAGCUGUGAGGCUAAUGAAGCUCAGUGGUUCUCAAACCACAUUUUUUGCUUGAUCUCAGUUCCCAACAUCCAGGAAUUGUGCGUAAGUGUACCGUUUCAGGUUGCCUGAGGACUGGUUUGAGAGCCACUGAUGCAUACAUGUAUAAAUGUUUUUUUCUAAGUAAAGGCAGUUCUCAGUUCUUAUAUAGAACCAUUUCAUACUUCAGUAAAUCUUUGCCUUGUGAAAUAGCUCUUCAGAUUGCUUGUAACAAUAGAAGAACCCUUUUUUGAUGCUAUAUAGAACCAUCAUCAAAAGUUUCUAAAUAGAACCAUAUACAACACAUUCUCAAUCCAUCUGAAGAACCUUUUCACCAGGCUCAUUUAAGAAUCAUUUAAGCAUGAAAUGGUUCUAUAUAGAUCUCAUGGUUCUAAGUAGAACUGUUGCCUUUACUAAAGGACCUUUGGAGAGCCCUUUGUAAGUGUGUAGAUAACAAGAAUGGAAGCUCACACCCCACCAGUCAGCAUCGUACAAACUGCAUUCCUAAAUCAUCGAACACUUGCCUCGGAUUAUGUGAUCUCAUGGACUUUCACACACUGGUAUCUGUAAAAGUGAAGGAAAGUACCUGAAGUUUGUCUGCAUGAGGAAUUUUUUUGAGAUUAUGUAACUUCAUGCAGUUUACGGCAAGUGUAAAUCAAGACACCGGCUAUCCAGGAAUGGACUUGAAAACCCCUGAUGUGGUCAGUUAGGGCCAGUUUUUUUCUCAGACCCAGAUUAAGACUAUUACACUGUGAAAAGUGGCUCGUCAGAUCUACCUAAAGAAAUAACUUCAUGUGGUAUCAAGAAAAUUAACAAGUUUUAUUCAACCUAAAUAAAUACUUUGAAUGAGCGAUUCUUUCAGUCAAUGUAGUUUAAGUUGAACAGAACUAGUUCAGUUGCUUGUUACCACAUGAAGUAAUUUAAGUAGAUCUGAUGAGCAUAGAUUCAUCAUUAGCGCUGCAAUUUAGUCCAAGAUUAGGCUUAAAAUGCUAUUUUUCUCAAAUAUUUUGCAUAAUUAAAGCUUUCAGAGUAGUUUGCUGUGAAAUGGUUCACUGUAGAUAAAUGUUCUUCACAGUGGUGGUGAUGGGAACCAGGGGUUGCCAUGUCUACAACACUUUUACAGUCAAAAACAGAGAACCUUAGUCUUUAUAUGCAAUGAUGAUGAUAAAUAGUUCUAAAUCUGAAAAAGUAAGGUUUCUUUGGGGACUGUUGUGCCUCUCAACACCCUGGAUGUACCUUUCCGCCAUGAAUUGUCUUUAAAAACGCUUUUUAGGCCAGAAAUAUAAAAUAAUGUGAUCAGGCAGCUUAUUAGUAACUUUGUGGGGGAGCUCUUAGAGGCAUUAAACUCCUCAGACGUCUGGUUCCUAUCAUCACCACUGUAAUGUGAACAAUCCUGACUAGGACGCCGCGUUCAAAAUCAGACCUUUCUGAAUUACUUUCUAUCUUAAAUGUUUUAGGAUGCAUAUAUUUUGAAACAUCAGUGGAGUUCCCCUUUGAUUCAUGACUGGGAAAGCAAAAUAUGAGCACCAGACUGUCUUGGAUGUUCAGUUACAUUUAGUUUAAAGGGGAAAACUGUCCAUUUGAAGUCUCACUUUAAUGGCCCAUCGUAACACUGUUGGUCUCUGCGUGACCUCAAUCACAGAUCAGAGCUGUAGGAGCAGCACUUUCUAAACGCCUGCAGCUUUCACAACGAGUUCAGUCUCCUUUGCCCUCGUAUGUCAUCAUGGAACAGAGAGAAGGUGUCCCCUUCAGAGCAGCGAAGGUCGGUCUGUGCACUGAAAGUCGGUGGCUUUUUGUUUUUCUCGACUGCAGACCCGGAGGAAGUUUUUAAUUAUUAUGUUUUUUUUUUUUUAAACAGAAUCCACGUAAGCGCAGGGAUUUUCCUAAAAACACUGCUUUGAAGUGCGUGAUUAACAGAUGAGCUGUCAAGUUCCUUUAUAAAAUACCAUUAGACGGUCAUAGUUUCUAGGAAUCAGAAGUGAGAGGACGGACGACGCGCAAGUUACUCUCCUGCACUUUAGAUAGACGUUAAUGCAAAGAGUUCCAUUGAGCACUUAACAGUUCUGGAUAUUUUUCGACAAAAAAAAACUCUAGAGAUGUGUUGUAUUGACUUGAACGUUAGCUGGGUUAUUAUAGAACGCUUGUUCUAACAGUUGUCGCAGGACGCUGCAGUCGGCAUGUCCUACUGCGACGACAUCCAAGGAUUUUCUUUUCUUUUUUUUUGAUAUAAAAAUCCAAGGAACUUUUAUAUAUAAAUAUAUAAAAAUAAAUCCACAGAUUUUUUUAAAGAUAUGCUAUAGCCUAGUAUGGGUUCGCGUUCUUCGUCAAAUGAAUCAUAAUUUGCAGGUUUUGUCCAGAAUGUCUCAAAUUUUGUAAAGAGAAGAAGAGUAUUUUGAUGCUUGCUUUAAAUAAUCAACAUAGAUUGUACCAUAAAGACACUAUUUAUUAUAUUGUCUAUGACAGUGGAAUGGUAUUUUAUAACGUUUUUUUGAUUUUAAAGAGAACGUGCUUUUUAUGGUGCACUCGAGAAAACAAAACA